GCUACGGUUUCCCGUGUGUAGACGUCACUCAGUGAAUUUAAGUUUUGCGGUCACCAUCCUGUCUGUCGGCCCUCCCGUCUCGUUGUUUUUACCGUUUCCGCCUAAAACAUAAUAACUUAUCAUGCCUAGCUUACACUGCCACUUACCACCGGAAGAAGAAGAAAAAGUUCUCGAACAAGAUGAUGUAAUUGAUUUAGGGGAGGAGGUCGCAGCACCGAGCGAAACUGAUGAACAAGAAAUGGACGACAACCCAUCUGUUACUCGGAGUGACGAUGGAGAAGAAGAAAACGAUUCAACGGACCACGCAAUUGACGAUACAAGCAGUGAGGCUUCGUCGAUGCUCAACGACCCAACGAUACAACGAUGGGUCCCGGUGGUCAGCAGCUCAAGUGAUGAAAACGAGUCCGAGGGAGGCGGAUUCUGGACACCGCCGUCGACCCUGGGUGAUGAUAUUGAAGAUAUAAAUGCCGUUUCUGGUAUAAGACAAGGCUUUCUACGCAGAAACACGGCCAGGAGAUCCAGAGGCAGACGUCCUGGUGUGUUUUAUGUGAGGCGCGGACGACACCGCCAACCUUUGAAUGAACAAGAAUGGUACCGUCUUUCACCGUUCGAACGCGGGCUGACAUUCAACGGGUUCGCCCGUAAUCUAGAACCAGAAACGGUUACGGGCCAUAUGGUUGAAGACUAUCCACGGGACAUUUUGUACAAAGUGAAAUGGAGAAAUAUGCGAGAGGCCAAAUUUAUUGAAGCCAGCGUGAUGCGGACGUAUAAGCCCGAAAUGGUGGUUGACUACUGGGAGGCGAAUAUUAGAAGGAGUUCUUAACGACCUUAAUAUUUUUCCUUGGACCUUCAGCAAGAUUAAUACGAGUGCCAACGAUUUUUUUUUAUGAUUAAUUUCAAUUUAAUAUUACAUUUUUUUUUUUUUAUAUAAGCAUAUAAUAUAUAAUAAUGAUUUUUUUUUAACGAUAAAUGUUCAUCAUUUAAUUACCUACUACAUUAAUUAUUAUACAUGUAUUUUUUUUUUAUAUUGUUUUAUGUCUUAAACAAUUAAAUGACACGACUGGUAUAUGAAUUAUGAUAACAAAAUAUAAAUAUAAAAUGUG